AUGGAAGAGAUGUUUGCGUUCAAUGAGUGGUCAGACACGGGAAGGACUGGUCGUUGGAUACGAACAGCUGGUGGUCAGCCCUUGAGGUUAUGGUCCCGAGUGGAGUAUUUGAGUGAGUGGACAGGGAUUUCGUGGACAUGCGGUCAACACUGGAUGGGAUGGUCGCUAUCAUGGCUGGUAUUCACGGAGCCCUUCGUCCUCCACAUACCAGUGCCAGUAGUAGUGGUCCAGUGUGUGGAUGGGGAUCAUCACUUGACAAUUGGUCUCCAGAAGACAACCAUUGAAGUGAUUGUAGCAAUGGCCGAUAAUAUGAAUAAUGGUAACGAGCCGAUGGACGUUGAGUCCCAGCCCCCGACAUCGGGUACUAAUCGUACAGACAAAGUAUUUAUCGUAAAACGAUGUCAUAUGGUUGCCCAAUGGGGCUGGGAUGUGGUGGUAGAUAACUGUGCCAUUUGUCGUAAUAACAUAAUGGAGUUGUGCAUUGAAUGUCAGGCCCAAUACGGCAGUGGUGGUGAUCCCGGUGCCGAGUCGUGCACAGUGGCUCAGGGAGUCUGUAACCACGGCUUUCACUUCCACUGUAUCAGCCGAUGGCUUAAGACUCGGGCUGUCUGUCCGCUGGACAACACGGAGUGGGAGUUUCAGAAGUACGGCCAUAAUUAG